AUGAUGCUGCAAACGCGUCUUUUUGCGGCUUCGCAGGCCGCUCCAGCUUUGCGGCGAUCUAUAGCGCUGCAACCAACCUUCGCGCGCCAGUUUGCCUCCGUCCGGGCUCCGCCCAAAUCAUCCGACCCCAAAAGCAUCGACAGCUCGAAUACCGUCAUAAGCGAAUAUGCGGCACCCGAUUCCACCUCUUCCCCCGUUGUCAAGGACUCGGUUAUCAUGCGCACGUACAAGCCUCGCACCCCUGGUGUCCGUCAUCUCAAGCGUCCCAUCAACGACCACUUGUGGAAAGGCAGACCGUUUCUCGCCCUGACCUUCCCGAAGAAGGGCCACGGCAAGGGUGGUCGUAACUCCACAGGCAAGGUCACUGUCAGGCACCGCGGUGGUGGUGCGAAAAGGAGGAUCCGGACUGUGGACUUUGAUCGGAAUAAAGGAGGUCCUCACCUCGUUGACCGAAUCGAAUACGAUCCAGGUCGGAGUGCCCACAUUGCCCUCAUUACCAAUCAGGCCAAUGGUCGUAAAAGCUACAUCGUUGCCGCAGAGGGCAUGCGAGCUGGCGACGUCGUCCAGAGCUACCGUUCAGGCAUCCCGAAGGCCCUGCUUGAUAGCAUGGGUGGUGUGGUUGAUCCCGGUAUCUUGGCCGCCAAAACUGCCUGGAGGGGUAACUGCUUGCCGAUGCACAUGGUUCCAGUCGGCACGGUGGUCUACAACGUCGGCUCGAGAGCCCGUGGCCCUGCCGUUUUUUGCCGCAGCGCUGGAACCCACGCCAUCGUGGUUUCGAAGGAGGAGGAAACCAAGGAUGAUGGCACCAAGGUCAUGACGGGCAAAUAUGUCACCGUCAGACUUCAGAGUGGCGAGGUCCGCCGAGUAAGCAAGGAUGCUUGCGCUACGAUAGGGGUUGCGAGCAACCCGCAUCAUCAGUACAGGCAACUAGGCAAGGCUGGUAGGAGUCGUUGGCUCAAUAUUCGCCCGACUGUCCGUGGACUUGCGAUGAACUCAGUUGACCAUCCCCAUGGUGGUGGCCGAGGCAAGUCGAAGGGUAAUCGCCAUCCCACAAGUCCCUGGGGAACACCAUCCAAGGGUGGUUACAAGACGCGUCGCAAGCAUAAUUUCAACAAAUGGGUCGUCGAGCCUCGGGUGCGUAACAUGGGCAAGAGGCGUGAAAAGGCGUCCAAGGCCUAA